UGUGGGGGUUAGUCAUGUGUGAGUGUGUGUGUGUGUGUGUCUGUGUGGGAACACAGAGAAGAAGUUAGCGCUGGACAGCCGGUAAAGCUAUUUUGAAAGUGACCCCCGAGAAGCCCUCUCACACACACUCUCACACAUACUCUCACACACACUCUCACACACACAGCUGUCGGGAACCAUGACAGAAGAUGACGGAUACAGUUGUCGUAGAGGGACAAGUGAGACUCCGGGAAGGCAAAAAGUGGAAGAACAGAUGGUUGAUUCUGCGGAAACCCUCGCCGGUGGCAGACUGCCUGUCUGUGCUGGUGUAUAAGGACCGGGCUGAGAGGAACAGGGGUCAGCGUGAGAGGAGCCAGGCUACGCUGGGGGACAUCUGUGGUCUAGAAGCCCUGCAGGCCUUCGAGGGGGUGAGCUACGCGCUCAUCGUCCUCUGCCUCUCCCACUCCGUCACGCUGGGCUUUGACAGCAGGGAAAACUACUUGACCUGGGAGGCCCGCAUCCGCUACUGUCUGGGAGAAGUCCACAGAUUCAGCGUUAAUGUCCAGCCUGGUACGAAGCUGGAGAACGGCCCUGCUACUCUGCACCUGUGCAAUAACCUGCUGGUCAUAGCCAGAGAUGUUCCACCAGCCAUCAUUGCCCAGUGGAGGCUGUCGGACCUGCGGCGCUACGGGGCGGUGCCCAACGGAUUCGUCUUUGAAGGAGGGACACGAUGUGGUUACUGGACUGGUGUCUUCUUUCUUGCCUGUGCAGAGGGUGAACAGAUCAGCUUUCUGUUCGACUGUAUUGCUCGAGGCAUAUCCCCCAGCAGGGCACCAUUUGGAUUACGUCCUACCCUACCAGACCCUGGUUCUAACACCUUCUCUGUGGAGGCGAGGAUCACACAGGAGGCCUGUGAACUGGAGAAGCGUCUUAGCCUUCUGUCUGUCAGCAGCCACCAGAGCAGCACAGCCUCCCACUCAAGCUACAACACCUCCCUGGCAGGAGAUGACCGCAGUAUUUCUAGUUCCUCCUCCGACACCAGCCAUUCAGACACCAGCAUGAGCAUUCGCCUGGCAAUUUGGCCCGACCCCGUCCGAAGCCCCACCCCUUCAGAGGCCUCUGUGCCAUCACCGGGGGCAAAAGCGCCAAAGCCUUUGAAUGCAUUGGCGAGAGCAUCCAGUGAGGAGCGUCUGUAUGGCAUGGUGAUGGGAGGAGUCUGCCCCCCUUCCAAGCAACCACGACCGCGAGCGCUUCAGGAGGCGGGCCGGCAGAGUUCGACUGACAGCGGCAUCGCCACGGGGAGCCACUCCUCCUAUUCUGGAAGCCUCUCAUCCUACACGGGCAGCUUGGACACUGCACAAGCAGAGACAGACGAGUUUGGGUCCUUGCUCAGCCUGAGCACAAACUUUAAUACAAACCCCAACAUCAGCCCAAGCCUCAGACUUCUGCAGCAGUUCCAACCCGUUCAGCCUAGCACCAGUGCGCCAGCCUACACCUCUCCGCAGGUGCCAGAGCACAGGCGGUGCGCCUGCCAGGUUGGGGCAUCUCAAAGGCAGGAUUCGGAAUACCAAGUACCAAGUCAGGUCCCGCAACACUAUGACAUCCCGCGGAGACUUGGCCAGCUCCACCCCUCCACCCCUGUCCACGCCCAGAGGUCCCAGCAUGCAUUUCUGGAGCUGUCUGGAACCCCUGUGACUGCUGCGUCUGCAGAGAGUGGUGAGAGAACAGUGCCACCCGGAGGUUUCGCCAUGCCACGACAGGCUCUCUGUCCUGUCUGUGGAGGACUGAAAACAGUAAUUCCUUCUACACCCACAGGCAUCCCAUCUGUCUCUGCUAGACUGGACAAACCAAAGAAUGAGAUGUGGAGCACCACACCACCUGCUGCUUCUGAGGGUCUGCGAAGAAUCAUCUCCCCCGAUGCAGAGGAGAGAAGCGGGUGUGAACUGACGACCAGCUAUGCUCAACCGAUGUCCUUCUGGGAGCCCAAGGAAGGUGCGUCAGUGAUGCCCGUAUCUCCCAUGAGCCCGCUCAGGCUUCUCAGGCAACCCUCCUUGUCUGGGCGGUCAGGUCCUUUAGCCAGGGAGGCCAGCUUCACGUUUCCUGACCGGUUUCAGGCCGAUUCUGCUAACUACGUCAACAUCCCUGUCAGCCCCAUGUCCAAGCGACAGCUGAACUACAUGGAGCUGGACCUACAGGACAUGCAGGAGUCUGGCUACGUUGUGCGAGGGGCAUCCAGCACUAAGUAUGCCCACAUUGACAUUGGUGCGACAGAGGCUGCACAGAGGGUGGGCGCCCAACAUGCACAGGGCAGAGAAGAGCGACUGCAGGAACUGGAGCAGAGAAGACGAGGCACACUGACCUGAGCGCACACACACACACACACACACACACACACACACACACACACACACACACACACACACACACACACAC